GAGCUGACAGUGCCGAAGCGGAUUGGUCUGCUUUCCCUUGCCUGUGGCAGUUGACAGCACCUCCCAGCCGUGCACGGCCUUCUGCUUGCUAACACAGCCAGUCUGACUGCAGCAAGCUCAGCUCUAUCCCAGCCCUUACACUGGCAGAAAAGUGCACUCUCUUUCUGAUUCUUUUUGCUUCUUAAGGUGGUUUUAUUGGCUGGGUUGGGGGACUUGGGGAGGUUUUCCUUUCCUUUUAUUUUUCCUUUUUUUUUUUUUUUUGGUUGCUGUUGUUACUUACUUGUAUUCCUAAUCCUGGAUGCAGUUACUGGAUUCUGCAGUACAAGUCUUCAUGAACAAGCUGCACCGCUUAGAGAUUUCACGGCAUUCAAAGGUCACAGAACUGCCACUAUGGUUAAAUGUCUUGUUUAAUGGUUGAGAGGUGCGGAGAAAUCUCAUUUGAUAGUCCUGAUCAGAAUGCCAAAUGUGUUCGCAUGCUAGGAGAUGCACGGGUGAGAGGUCAGACAGGGGUUCUCUCCGAGCGCCGCGGCUCCUACCCGUUCAUAGACUUCCGUCUUCUUAACAAUACAACACUCUCAGGGGAAAUUGGCACCAAGAAAAAGGUGAAAAGACUGUUAAGUUUUCAGAGGUAUUUCCAUGCAUCCCGGUUACUGCGUGGAAUUGUACCGCAAGCCUCUCUGUACCUGCUGGAUGAGGACUACCUUGGGCAAGCAAGGCAUAUGCUAUCCAAAGUGGGAAUGUGGGAUUUUGACAUUUUCUUGUUUGACCGCUUGACAAAUGGAAACAGUCUCGUAACACUGCUCUGCCACCUCUUCAACGUGCAUGGACUUAUUCACCAUUUCCAGCUAGAUAUGGUUACGUUACAUAGGUUUUUAGUUAUGGUUCAAGAAGAUUACCACAGCCAAAACCCAUACCACAAUGCUGUCCAUGCUGCUGACGUCACACAAGCUAUGCACUGCUAUCUAAGGGAGCCCAAGCUUGCCAACUUCCUCACCCCAUCGGACAUCAUGCUUGGACUGCUAGCUGCUGCAGCUCAUGAUGUGGAUCAUCCAGGGGUCAACCAGCCCUUUUUGAUCAAAACUAAACACCACCUUGCCAGCCUGUACCAGAAUGUUUCAGUGCUAGAAAAUCAUCACUGGAGAUCUACGAUAGGCAUGCUUCGAGAAUCACGGCUCCUCGCCCACCUGCCCAAGGAGGUGACACAGGACAUCGAGCAGCAGCUCGGCUCCCUGAUCUUGGCAACAGACAUCAACAGACAGAACGAGUUCUUGAUCCGCCUGAAGUCUCACCUUGACAAUCAGGAUUUGAGGCUGGAGGAUGCACAAGACAGACAUUUUAUGCUUCAGAUUGCGCUCAAGUGUGCUGACAUCUGCAACCCAUGCCGGCUGUGGGACCUGAGCAAACAGUGGAGCGAGCGAGUCUGCGAGGAGUUCUACCGGCAAGGUGACCUGGAACAAAAAUUUGAACUGGAAAUAAGUCCUCUUUGUAAUCAGCAGAAGGAUACAAUACCAAGCAUACAAAUAGGGUUCAUGACGUACAUUGUAGAGCCACUCUUUGAGAGGUGGGCCCAGUUUACAGGAGAUACCCCCUUAUCUGAAAAUAUGCUAAACCAUCUCAGGAGGAACAAGGCCAAGUGGAGGAGUUUGCUCCAUAAGCAACACAGCAGUAGUAGGAGCAAUGACCACUCAGGUCAAGUGACUGGCAGCCAGGAACAGACUUUAAAUGAAGAAGAGACUCCUUAGUGGCAGCUUUGCACUUUUCCUUAUAGCACUGCUAUCUCUGUCUUGAUCACAGCAGCAAGCAAAACCCCGGGGAGCUAAGAGCCUGUUGUCAAGACCACGGAAAGGGAAGAAACAGCAAAGCAGAAGCUGUAAGGGUCCUCAUGAACAAACCCACGGUUCUGCUGGGUUCCUUUCUGGAUCUCCUUCAUCUUCCUCUCCCCCUCUUCGUUCUGCGCAUGCCUGAUGCCAUUCGUCACUUCUGAUCACGAACUGCCUGAAUGCGGAGUCCCAGCCAGCAGUACUGAAGCCGGGCCAGUUACUGCUGCCAUGAAGCAGGGAAGAUUACUGAGAAAACAGAGGAGAUAGUGGCACUCUUGGUUAUGUAUUCAUUUACCAUGAGUCAUACUGUGACAUAUGUAUAUAGGCCCAGAGCACCAUACACUUUCCAGUCUGGCAGCUGGGCUGCACAUUAAACCACCAGCAUCUUCAGAACCCAGAGGACACUGGUUGAGUGAGACAGCGCUCACAGAGGGCAGAGAGAAUCUGGUUAUUUUAGUAAUUAAAAUAAAAACCUUUUUAACUUUUGUAUUCUGUGCACUAAACAGAUCUAUAAACCUUGGACUGAAGUUUCUCUCCAUAUACACAACUCCAGUGUAACAAGGCUCAUUUUGGUAAUCAUUUUUAUGCCACUUUGGAUAAAAGACAGGCAUCUUCUCGUUGCAAGGAACAGUAUUCCCUCGCAAAUGAAAGGGAAGGUGUUGUACAGUCUAAACCUUUAAAACAUGAACAGAUCUAUCUUUUGAGUACUGUUUCAAGUAACAUGUUUAUAUUCAUACGUGUACAUUUUCUGUAAAUACGAAGCGCUACUGAUUCCCAUGCCAAAAUACUGGAGUACUGUGGGAUUGCUACCUGUAAAAACAUUGGCACUGUGAACAGAAUACUGUUAGUUUUAAUACAAGAGAAAGCAUUUGUAAAUAUGGUAUAGAGUUUAUUAAUAUACACCAUUGUUUGUGGAUAAAAGCCUUAACUUUUAGCAUCCUUCAUUUUCUGAUAGCUGCCAAAACCAUACGAUUAUGAUUCUGAACUGCCUUUCCACUAUCAAAGGUGUAUCAAAGGUCAUUAAGGAAUGAAGUCUGGCAGGAUAACUUCUUGAAAACUUCAAACACAUUCCAUAUGGGUCCGUGCUGUUAAUUCAUGGCACCUUGCACAUUCAGUCUAGGCAAAUGCUUCACAGAGCCUGAAGUUUAAGUUCAAAAAAAAAAAACAAACAGAAAGGUAAAAGCCAAAACCCCACAGCAACACCACAUAAUAUGACAAUUCAACACAACUAACAUUUAUUCUAGAGUGUGAAUUUCUAUUAAAUAGCAUAGUGAUCUACAAAGCACGACAUUCUAGUAAUUCUGGAGUCCGAUUGUUUUCUCGAGUGAUGUUGUAGUGUAGCUGAUAUUCUCCCCCACAUUCCCUACUUAGAUAGCUGGCAUCUAAAUGCAUUUAUAUUUUUUUUUUAUUUAAAAAAUAAAACAAAAAAACUUCAACUGACUGCUAGAUCUGUCUCACUCACUGAAGGAAAUAAAAUACUUUCCAGGCAGUCUGUUAAGAAAAAUCCUUUUAACUACCGUAAUAGCUGAGGAAUUCUAUGAACCCUAUGUUCUCUUUGUUUUUGAAAGAUACAUGGCCUUAUCUAUGUCAUAACCUCAGAUCAGAUAUUCUUCUGUAAAGCUUUCCUUAAGCUUCAAUCGUUUCAAUGAAAUUGCAUUCUUGGACACUACUGUAUUGCACCAAAGUGAUUGUCCUCUCCCCUGCCCCCAGAAAAAACUAAUUGUAUUCAGUCAAAGUGCAAUGUUGUUGUAAGCCCCCAGUACAUCAAAUCAGCAAAACUCUUUUACAAAAUAUCUGUCCAUAUAAUCAUGUUUGGACACGAUUACUUUGGACAGGCCAACAAAGAAAGCACUUAAAUAGAAACUAGAAGGUGUUUGAGAAAGAUAAUGCUCACUUAAAGAAGUGCAAGGGAGAUGUAGAAUUUUUUUCCAUUGCAGGGAACAUUGACUUUGUUAGACAAAGUUUUUGUGUGCAUAAGGUGACUAAUAUGUUUAAAGGAAAACAAAAACCAUAAGGUUUAGUAAGGGAUGUUUUAGUCUACUAAUUUAUUGGACAUGUAUCUUCAGAGAAAGGGACUGAAAUCCAGUGAAAUAGGAAGGUGAAAUCACUAACUAUGAGAAAACAAAGCAUCUUGGGAGAGAUGCUUUUCUUCUCCUCUACCAUUUUAUAAGCUGUAAGUGGUAGAAAACCUUCCUCCCUCUUCUAAAUGGGACUCACAUAUUAGAAGUACUAUAACCAUCAAAGAGAGGGAGUUGUUGUAGAAUAAAAUUAUUUCUAACUAUAGGACAUAAACGCCUUUUUAACCACCUGAUGGUGGGGGUGGGAGUAUCACUGCUUUAUGGCUUUUUAGAUAUAUCUUUCCUUCUGACAGAUUUAGGACAAUUAUUAGGACAUUAUACAAGCAGUAUAAUGUGCUGCCUACAAGCACUUAAGUACCUACAAAAGGAUAUCAUUUCCCUUGUUUUGCCUUUUUACUAAGAAAUUGAAGCCAUUUUCCAUCUAGUUCAAAGAAUUUUUAAAAAUGUUCUGAGGUUUAGUUAAAUAAACCUGGCGUCUAGCAGCAUAAAAAGCUCUUGACAGACACAUUGUUGUGUUGUUCCUGAGGAGCUUCCAGAAAAUAGGUCCAACAGGAGAGCUUAGUGCACAUCAAGAUCUGCUAUAGCUACAGUACAACCAAGACCUUUUCUGUAAUUAGAGCCUAUGGGGCCUAUUACGAGACUGCUCUCACCAAGUUAAAGCUUCCUAAUAAACUUUGAAAAGCUGCUCUUAAAAUGAACAGGGUUUUUUGUUGUUGUCGUUGGUUUGGUUGGUUGGGGGGUUGGGGGUUUGUUGGCUUUGGUUUUUGUGGGUUUUUUUGGCUUUUCUUUUGUUUGUUUGGGGGUGAGGGUUUGGGUACACCGAACAUACUUGCUAGAUUUCAAUCACCUUGUCUAAUGAAACAAUGUUUGAAAUAGGUUCAGGGUGCCUCCAGAAAUGCUUCUGUAGUUGUAAGCCAAACCCAUUACACAAGACUGGGUCUGGACCAAUUUGCCUCAGGUGCUCUAAACAGAAGUGAACUGAAAAAUUAGGCUCUGGCAGCAGAUGUCUGGCAAUGAGAUUCAUUGGGGUCUGUAAGGCAAAAUGCUAUUGUUUGAUUCCCCAUAGACGACGGCAUAUCAGACCUGAUAUGGCCAAUUCAACAGCACCAGUGCUCAGUAUACGCUGUUGUGAUACAUGCUUGGUAUUCCCUGGUUUGGAGGACAUUUUGGUGCUGGGAUUUCUCCCCAGAAUACCAACAGAAUGCUGGAUGAACUGAGUGGAAAAAUUUAUAUGCAGAUAUAUCAAGUAUAUGGAUGUUUGUGCUGUCAGCCCUAUUAGCCAUUUUACAGAAAGGCCAUGUAAAUUAUUUCUCUUUCUUACUGGGACAGUGCAGCUAAAAGGUUCUGCAGUUUUAAAAUAGUUAGGCUUUUCAUAUAUGUAAUGAAGGAAGCAGAGAAUCAGUAAAAACAAGAGCUUAACACACUAACUAAGCCACACAAAUACAGUUCACUUGAUUAAAACUCGGUUUCUUUAAAUGUGGAUUUUGUUUCAUCAGAGACAAAUUCUGUGUAAAUAAUUUUAUUUUUCUUUUAAAAAAGAGUGGUGAUAAGUGAAUUUUUUAGCAUGGUUAAAAUAAUGCAUACGUAUGCACUUUCAUUAAGUAAAGGUUUGACCUGCCUUUGCGUUUCUAAGGGUCAACAUUCUGGCCACCAACCAAAACAGGGAAAAAAAAAGGAGUAUGAAAAAUGUGUGCUUUUGAAAAACAUAGACAGAGGAAUAGGUGCCAUUAAGUAGAGUCUAUGGAGGAUCUGCAGUUCUGUCUAACCUAGUAUUGAACACGUUGAUAUUUUUUGUAUGAAGUAUUGGUUUUUGUCGGGAAAAAAAAAAAAAAAAAAAAAAAAAAAAAGCAAAGUCACAGAAUGAUCAGUGAGAAGGCUGCUACCACAGUAAAUGGAAUAAACCAGUUUUCAAACUGCAUAUUUAUCUCACCAGCUUUUCUAAGCUCUGAUUGAACUAUUAGAAGUUUCCAGCAAAACAGACAGAAUGCAUAUAAGCCCUUCCAAAUCGACUCUCCUUGGAAAGGAGAAACACACAAGUAGUCACUUUUUUAUUUUCAGGUAUCAGUCAGGAUAACAUACAUAAUUUAUAGCCUUACAUUCUAAGUUACUCAGCUAAGCUGUCCAUAAGUUUCUCCCAUUCCCCUCCUGAUGCCACCACCCCCAGCUCAUGGUCUACAGAGCUAAUACUUAAAUUUGAAUUAAGAUCCUGCAAAUCCAAAAAAAAAAAAAAAGACAUGCCAAAACCCAAAUAAAAUAAUAAUAAUAUUAAAAAA